AGGCGCGGGCCGCGGCGCAGUUCCCGGGAACCUCUGCGGGGCGGCGGCGGCGUUUCCGGGGAGCCGGUUGGCGGGCGGACCAGGCUCCUGUGCGGGGCGGAAGUGGGCGGCUGCGGUCCGAGGGGAGCCGCGCUGCGGGCGGAAUCUGGCCGAGCUGGAGGGCGCCGGGGAGCGGAGCUCGGGCGGCCCCCGAGGCCCGGGCGAGCGGACAGCUGCGGGGCCUGCGGCGAGCGCGGCGGUGCCCGGGGAGCGCGGAGGGGAUGGGGCGCCGAGCCGGGUUGGGGCCGGGGCCUCGGCCAUGUUCGCUGGGCUGCAGGACCUGGGCGUGGCCAACGGCGAAGACCUGAAGGAGACGCUGACCAACUGCACCGAGCCGCUCAAAGCCAUCGAGCAGUUCCAGACAGAAAAUGGCGUGCUGCUCCCCUCCCUGCAGUCGGCCUUGCCCUUCUUGGACCUGCAUGGGACGCCCCGACUGGAAUUCCACCAGUCAGUGUUUGAUGAGCUUCGGGACAAGCUGCUGGAGCGCGUGUCAGCCAUUGCCACGGAGGGGAAGGCCGAGGAGAGGUACAAGAAACUCGAGGAUCUUCUGGAGAAGAGCUUUUCUCUGGUGAAGAUGCCAUCUCUGCAGCCAGUGGUGAUGUGCGUCAUGAAGCACUUGCCCAAGGUUCCUGAGAAGAAGCUGAAGCUGGUGAUGGCCGACAAGGAGCUGUACCGGGCCUGCGCCGUGGAGGUGAAGCGGCAGAUCUGGCAGGACAACCAGGCGCUCUUUGGCGACGAGGUCUCCCCACUGCUGAAACAGUACAUCGUGGAAAAGGAGAGCGCGCUCUUCAGCACGGAGCUCUCCGUCCUGCACAACUUCUUCAGCCCUUCCCCCAAGACCAGGCGCCAGGGCGAGGUGGUGCAGAGGCUGACGCGGAUGGUGGGCCGCAACGUGAAGCUGUACGACAUGGUGCUGCAGUUCCUGCGCACGCUCUUCCUGCGCACCCGCAACGUGCACUACUGCACGCUGCGUGCAGAGCUGCUCAUGUCCCUGCACGACCUGGACGUCGGCGACGUCUGCUCCGUGGACCCCUGCCACAAGUUCACAUGGUGCCUGGACGCUUGCAUCCGAGAGCGGUUCGUGGACAGCAAGAGGGCCCGGGAGCUGCAGGGCUUCCUCGACGGAGUGAAGAAGGGGCAGGAGCAGGUCCUGGGGGACCUGUCCAUGAUCCUGUGUGAUCCCUUUGCCAUCAACACCUUGUCACUGAGCACCGUCAGGCACCUGCAGGAGCUGGUGGGCCAGGAGCUGCUGCCCAGGGACAGCCCGGACCUCCUUCUGCUGCUCCGGCUGCUGGCGCUGGGCCAGGGGGCGUGGGACAUGAUCGACAGCCAGGUCUUCAAGGAACCCAAGAUGGAGGUGGAGCUGGUCACCAGGUUCCUGCCCACGCUCAUGUCCUUCGUGGUGGACGACCACACCUUCAACGUGGAUCAGAAACUCCCAGGCGAGGAGAAGGCCCCGGUCGCGUACCCGAGCACGCUGCCAGAGAGUUUCACCAAGUUCCUGCAGGAGCAGCGCAUGGCCUGCGAGGUGGGGCUGUACUACGUGCUGCACAUCACCAAACAGAGGAACAAGAACGCGCUCCUGCGCCUGCUCCCGGGGCUCGUGGAGACCUUCAGCGACCUGGCGUUCGGCGACAUCUUCCUGCACCUGCUCACGGGCAACCUGGCGCUGCUGGCGGACGAGUUUGCCCUGGAGGACUUCUGCAGCAGCCUCUUCGACGGCUUUCUCCUCACCGCCUCCCCGAGGAAGGAGAACGUGCAGCGGCAUGUGCUGCGGCUACUCCUCCACCUGCACCACCGCGUGGCCCCGUCCAAGCUGGAGGCCCUGCAGAAGGCGCUGGAGCCCACGGGCCAGAGCGGAGAGGCGGUGAAGGAGCUGUAUUCCCAGCUCGGUGAGAAGCUGGAGCAGCUGGACCGCAGGAAGCCCAGCCCGGCCCAGGCCGCAGAGACCCCAGCCCUGGAGCUGCCCCUCCCCACCGUGCCCGCCCCGGCUGUACUCUGAGGCUCCCCUGUGCCUGUGAGAGCAGGAGCCCCUCUCUCCCGGAGGUGGGCCGACUGUUCCGGGGACUGGGGGUGGGCUGAGCGGAGACCCCGGGGACCGUCCUGUGGGCGGGGCACCCGUGCUCUGCACCUCAGCCUCCCCUGGAACUUGGUCCUGGGAGGUGUGUGCCUGCUGCGUGAACGGGGCCCGUGGCCCCCGGCCGGCUCCAGGUCUGCUGCGCCCCGCCCGGCCCCUCGCGCUCCCACUCCGUGGAAGGCUGCUUGCUUGUUCCUCCUCGCGUUGUGGUUUCCACCGCUGUCGGGCAGACAGGCAGUAGUUGGGAUUAGGAAAAGGACACCUGUUUUCCAAGGGGCGGGGGGCAGGGUCCGAGGCCUGAGGGGAAGAGGGCGGGCCGGCAGGGUUGGCGCCCGAUUGGUGGAGUUUGCUGGGGGCGGGGUCUGCAGGUGGAGCCCGGCUCUCCAGGGAGCUCCUCCCGUGUUGACAGCCCCGGGCGGCAGGUGGGGGAGGAAAGCCCAGGCUCCCCGCGGCCUCGAUUUGCCCGCAGUGCGCUCGCUCGGCCCGCUGAGGGUCUGCUCCUGCUCGCAGGGAGACUUUCACUUUUGUAAAUAAACGGCGUUUUGGUAAA